UAAUGUAAGUGUUCGCUCAGUAUGUUUAUAAUAAGCUAUGAUGGGGUGAUUUUAGGCAAGGUGAUGGUGGAGGACGAAAUCGGGGUGGGUGGCGGGGGGAAAGGUCUGAGUGAGGCAGCAUCGAGUACCCUCACUGUUUCUCUGGGUCGCUUCGUGGGCGCACGCUCCUAGCCCCGACAGUUCGCUCGCGACCGUGCGGACGAACCGCAAUGUAGUUUCACCUAACAGUAACAGAACAAGCCUCAAACUGUUUUCAACUUUUUCAAAAGUUGUUAAAAAAUUAUCGGGUGGCCCAGGAGACGCGUCCCAGGCUGGCAGUUCAGGUGAACAAGCCAAAGAGCCGGAACCGUCACGCACCGAACCGUUGCCCCGUCGCCUCGGCUCCGGCAUGGCGGGCAUCAUAUCCAAACUGAAGAGCGUGAGCACCCAGAACCCACCGCAGCUGGAGAGCAAUCCGAUCAUGCAGUACUUCGAGAUUGGCAAGGAGAGCAGUAAUGCAGGUCCCGGGCUCGUGUGGCGCGUUCACGACGCCUACAGAAAAAGUGACGGGAAGGAAUGUUCAGUCUUCAUAUUCGAUAAGCGGAUUGCUGAGAAACUAUACAAACCGAAACGCAAGGAGAGUAUGCUCGACCGCCUCCGAGCAUGCGUAGCCCUGCUUGAGAAGCUGCGCCACCCGAAGAUGCUGCAGAUCAUCCACUCGCUGGAAGAGGGCCACAACACCAUUGCCUUUGCCUCUGAACACGUACUUGCCAGCCUGCACAACAUACUCGCCUGGCAUGAGUCAACGCCGGUGGUGCCGGGCGCGCAGCCGCCAGUGCUCCCGCACCCGGUGUCGCUCGGCCCCCCCGGCAUGCAGAACCCCCAGGUGAACGCCACGCCGCAGCGACCACCCUACGCCAAGGAAUACUUCUUUUUGGACAUCGAGCUUCGAUAUGGAUUACUACAGAUCAUCGAGGCGCUGCACUACCUACACUACACGGCGCGCCAGAUUCACCGCAACGUGUGCCCGCAAGUCAUCAUCGUGACCAGGCGCGGUACAUGGAAACUUUUUGGCUUAGAGUUUAUUGAAAAUAUUCUUGGAGAUGACCCCACAGAGAUGCUGACAGUUGCCCCGUGGUCUAUCAAAGUGGCCAAGAUUGCCCAACCAAACCUUGAUUAUUUGGCUCCCGAGGUGCAGACGAACGGCAACUGCAACAUCUUGUCGGACAUGUUUUCACUGGGGCUGGUGAUCUGCGCGAUAUUCAACUCCGGAAAACCACUUAUACAGGCCAACAACAACCCCAUGCUUUACGUCAAGCAAAUCGAAUUCUUGGAUGAGCAAGUAAGCGCCGUGUUGCCGCGAGUGCCUGCCGCGCUGCAGGAGGCAGUGCAGCGGCUGCUCUCCCGCGACCCUCAUCCGCGUCCCACCACACAGCUGCUACCCCUCAUCAAAUACUUCAAAUGCCAAAGCGAAGUCGCUAUUCAAGCCAUGCAGUUCCUUGAUGUGAUUACAAUGAAGGACCCCAACUCAAAAAGCAACUUCUACAGGCAAACUCUCAUCGACGCACUUCCAUACAUACCAAAGAAACUGCGCUGGCAGCUGGUGUGGCCCGCGCUGCAGCUUGAGGUGCGCACGGCCGAGGUGCUGGCGGCCGUGCUGCAGCCCAUCAUCUGGCUCACCAACGAAGCCACCCCUGACGAGUUCAGCCACUAUGUUCUUCCCACCCUCAAGAACCUGAUGAAUUCUCCAAAGAGUGUUCAGGCCUCUGUCACGGUCUUAGAGAAUUUGCACAUAAUUUUAAAGAAGUGCAAAAAGGAUGAGGUGAACAAUGAGAUUAUGCCUAUGCUCUACACAGCUUUGGAUAACAACACUAAUCAAAUACAGACUUCGUCUCUGAUAGCAAUGCAGAACGUAUCCGAUUACAUCGAGGAUAAGGCUCUCCAUGGAAUUGUGCUGGGAAAGGUUAAAGUGCUAUUGGAAAAAAAUCAGAGUGAUGUUAAGAUAAUUAGCCUAAUCCUCGGAUUUUAUGAAAAGAUUUUAGUUAGAUUGGAAAGAAAUCAUAUUCUCGAACAAGUGAUCCCCACUCUCCUGAGCAUGAGGUUGAGCGAUCCCGACAUUAUCAACCGCGUUGUCCGGCUUUACAAGUCAAUGCUCUUGGAGCGGAAAUUCGGCUUAACAACGAACGUUAUGGCAACAAAGAUGAUCCCAUCACUGGCACCGCAAACCGUCAAUCCAGCGUUGAACGUUGACCAAUUCACUAACCUAAUGGAGAUUCUCUAUGAUAUGCUGGACAACAUUGACAAGAACCAGCGCUACAAAUUGAAGCUGGACAGCUUGACUUUGCCAAGUCCCGAGCGGCAUCGUCCACUGCGGCACCAGAUGAGCACCGACAAUAUGAACGUACCACCCUUCAACAUCCCUAAUUUGCGUGUAGAGCAGCGAAAGACUUCCAGCGCCGAAGACAUGGCACGCAAGAACUCUAUCGGUGGACAGAGUAUCGGCACGGGAAGUGUUGGUGGUGGCUUCAAGAGUACUGGGAUUGGGCAAUGGUUCUUUGGAUCGAGCAACUCCACAGCCGCUGAUAACAACUUUUUACGUGUGGCUAGCGCAUUUCCUAACCGUCGCCUCUCUGAUAACACUCUAAUGACCCCCAAAAUUCGUAUAGCUCCCUCUUGUGCAUCGUCCCCCGGUGGCACUCCAGGGGGUAACUCAGGAUUGCCCACAAGACGCCAUUCCAGUAUUGGCCCUCAAGAACGUCGUGGGUCAGCAGUCAAUUUGUCGCCGCCUACCGGCGGGUCUAUGCCUAAUACGUCGUCCAGCGUGCCGUUUCUGCUAACGUCAUCGAUGCAGUCGAUCCGAUCACGGCGGCCGUCGGCGUGCUUGAGUGGCUCGCAGGGCUCCGGCAUCUUGCAGCAGCUCAGCAGUGGCAUGUACCAGCUGUUUUCCGGGCGUACGUAAAGAGAGUUUCGUUAAAGAUAUAGCCGCGUAGCGUUAAAGCGAACGCAAUGAUAGCGGCGCCGUCGCGUGUCGCCGCGCCGCCUGCGCCGCCUCGACGCUCCGCGGCCCCCACUUCACGCCCGUCUCGACACACUCAUCUCACGUUAUUUAUGAACAGCACGUGCUCUGUUACAAUGAUCGUGAUCCCGCACGUAACUUAUUAUGAUUAUAUUAAAUAUGACACUGGAAUGUGUAGAACCUAUUCGUGCCAAUAUUACUAUAUUUACACCAAAAAUAAUACUUCAGCUAUUUUACGCAAUAAUACCCGAUUUACUUUACAAGGUAAACACUGAAAUAUUUUAGAGUAGAAAUAACAGUAGUAAUUAAGUAGUCAUGUUUUUAAAGAGUGGAAUCACCCUGAAUCGUAUUAUCCCGAAGCUCUUCAGUGUACUAUCCCAAGCCAUAUAGGGAUACCAAAGAAUAUUUUUAAUACUUAUAAAUUCAUAAAUUGUUAUGUUAGAUAUUGUUCCUGAUGUCAAAUUACAAAUAGUUAACUGUAACCUAUCGUAACUUUGCUGUUGGCCAUUAUUAAGGCCGCAUAAAAUUAUGACAGAACAUUGCCAGAAAUGAUGAAAAUAAAUCACAACCGAAUGAAAUAUUUCAACCUCCAAAAUAUUAAAAAUGUUUUACAUUCUAUUUUGAUAUAAUAUGAACUCUGAAGUUAUGUUCUAAAAACUUUCAGUGCUACCAAUGUAAUUGUACCCAGUAUCGGCGCAUUAUUACUACGUGUACCUAUGCAUAACUUUGCACUCACUUUAAUUGAGGGCAUAUUAGAGUAGGUAUAUUUAAAUAUAUAAAUAAAUGCUUUCAAAUUAAUAAAGGCGCAAUUAAUUAACUAUAAAAAUGAAUGGAGAGCUUAUUAUUAUAAUAGCUACGUGUUGUAUAAAAUAGAUUGAUAUGUUUUAAUACAAUCUUGAUCAAAAUGUAGAGUAACAGAUAGAUUAGAAAUAAUGAAACUAUUGCAAAACAAUUAACACGAUUUGGCAAUCUGGGAACAGUGAGAUUUAAAAGGUAGGUUUGCUAAAUAAAGGUAUUCUCGAAAAGAAUACCUUUUUUUAGAAGAAGGGUAUUCUCGUGUCUCCACGACAUAAUAUCUGCCGUUUGUCUCAAGGAAGGAGAAACAAAAGGUUGUGCUGUCAGAAUUGUUAACUAAAUAAUUCUUACUAAGUAUUCUUAGUAACAAAACUUAGCGUCGGCAUUGCCAUAUUACACAAACCCAUUAUAACUCUGAUCUGCAACGUAAUUUAGUUGCUGUUAUAAAGUUGAGGGUCGCUAGGAAUAAACAACACAAUAUACAACUAUAAAUAGCGUUAUUUUUUCCAUCUUUAAACUAUUUGACUUUUUUGCUCUAGCCUCUAUAUUAUUGUAUAGGUAAUGUAUAAGAAAAUCAAACUAUAAAACACUUGUUACGUUUUUACCUAUGUCAAAAAUGAAAUAAAGCAUUGCUGCGUCGCGAAAUCAAUUAUGAAACUUUUAACCUCAUUGAAUAGAUACCAGAGCAAAGAAUGUAAAUGUCUCUUUUUCUAGAUUGCCAUUGUUCCUAUUACAAAUAUAAACGAUCACCAAAAAGCCACAUUUCUUUUUUGGAUUCCUGUAAGAAAAGCUGAUUUUAUUCCCGACGCAUCUCUGAGAACUUGGGAAUCUCAAAAAUGGAUAGCAUUAUAUUUUUUUUAGUAUAUGGGCUUAAAUUAAGGUUAAACAAUUUACGUAGCUGGAAAUACCUUUCUGGAAAUUGCACAACGCCCUUGUCGCAAAUUGCCAAGUAAGGAGUGUAACCAAUUAAUAUAGUACAAUUAUGAAAACCUGAUGAUUUAUAACCAGCCAUGUCAGAGAUAUCUCUGAAUAAGCUAACUCUGCAUGGCAUUUGCAAUGUGUGGGAAUGUCAUCUUUAAUAUAAUAUUUCUAUGGAAAUAUGACGUGUAUAAGGACACUCCCACACUUUGGUCUGUACACGUCGGAGCUGACUCUAAUAUAAGUCCACUUACUUAUCUUCGCCUUCCUGAAGGGUUGCCACUUGCCAGCGCCCAGUAAAGAGGAGAAACGUCAACGCGAUGUUAGACAUCAUCGACAACUACUCUUCUUCUAAAAAGCGCAAAUCGCGGCAAUAAUAGAGAUUGCAUGUACCUAUUUUUUAAUCCCAGUCAAAUAUUUCACGUGUGAUAUAUUAAUAGUGACCUAAAAUUUUAUUUCUAUUAGUCCCUUUUAGUAGUUCCUACAUCAAAAGCAUUUUUCUGAUUGACCGGUUUUCAGUUUGGCGUUCCAGUGAAUAGUGUGAAGUUUUCUCAUACAGUUUCGGGGGCAAUUUACAAGUAAUUAAUAAUAAAACGGUGAUGCGUUAUAGGUACCGCUACGAAGGGUUUGCACCACAUAAAAUAUUAAUUAAUAAGGUACCUUAUUGUUGUAUUCCGUGGUUUUAAAUGCUACGUAGUUCACCGUGUUGUCGUCUGUCGUUAAGCGGGUUGGUGGGAGUGAAUAUGCCCUUGGAUAUGGUAUUAUUUAAAUAGACUUGGGUGUAAGUAAAUUACCUACAGCAACCUACUUUUCAAUAAUUUCAACAUCACUUGCAGUGCAUUUUGCUCGAUCUUUUGGUUUCAACGAGGUGCACUACGAGUGAUGACGAAAUGAGAUCGAUUUGAAAUAAUUUGUUAAUUUCUGCGGAAAUGUAAACCGAACCUACCUUCAACUGUAUUGUCGGAUGGCUGUCUAUAAAGAAACCCGACUUUUAAAUUCUAUAGAUCCUGAAAACUGUGAAAAAUAGAGAUAAUACUCCUAAAAAUACGUGUGAUACCUCAUUAGAUUCGUCAUGAUGCCUAGAAAAAUGUAUUCGAAACGUGUAUUAGCACACAAAAAAUAUCAAAAGUUAUAAACAAAAAAAGGGGGGGAAAGUAGUUAUUUUUUAUUUCCCCAAUAUCUCAACAAGUACUUAUUAAUAUUUAAGAAACCAAACUUAAUAUUAUAAAAGAGGAGGAUAUUUUCAAUAAAACAUUCUAUACUGGCAGAACUGUAUAUCCAUUAUUUAUACUUUUUAUUCAACGUUGAACACAGCUCUCCGCGCUUCAAUUUCGGGAAACGCGCGUGGAGUGAAAAAGCGAUUACGUAACAUUAAAUAUAAUUUUAAAGGUAUUAAAUAUUCAUUAAAAUUUUAAAAAAAAUUAUGGUGUGCUGUGAAAUUUAAAAAAAACAUAUCAACAAAUGUGCUACUUGUAGAAAUUUAUCUUAAAGUUAUUUUUUGAACGAGUUAGUCAAUUAUUAAUUAACAA